AUGUAUAUCCAGCUGAAUCGAAAUAAAAAAAAGAAAAAACAGUUUGACGAUGAUAAAUUGAAUGAAGAGGAAACUGCAAAAAUAUAUGCAGAAUAUGUUCGUACUUUUGAAGGGGGCGAUGAUUUAGAUAAUCGUCAUAAAUUUGUUAAGGGUAACAAAUUAAAUAUAAAAAGUAUCGAGCAAAAAAUCGAAGAAAAGAAAAAUAUUGAAGAAACAACUGAAAAUAAAAAUAACACUGUAGGAAAAGUAAAAGAAAUUGAUAGCUUUUUAGAAGAAAUCAAAUUGAAACAGAAAAUUUUGGAUGAACGCAAAAGCUUGAAGGAAAAAUCUCAGCUAGCCAAAUCGGAAGAAGAAAAAAUCAAAAUAAAUAAAAAGAUAACGGAGAUAGAACAAAAUGAAAAUUUGUUAUCUUAUAUUCCUAGAAAAGAAAAAAUAGCCAAUCUGUAUUUAGGAAAUUUAUCCCCCGAGGUUACCGAAGAAUAUCUUUGUCAAAAAUUCGGAAAGUUCGGUAAAGUGAACAGCGUAAAAAUAAUGUAUCCUCGUAAGGAUGAAGAUAAAAAGAAAGCAAGGAUAAGUGGUUUUGUUUGUUUUGAAAAUAUUGAAGAUGCGGAGAAUGCAAAAGAUGCUUUAGAUGGUGUUGAAAUGUGCGGAAAUAUUAUUCGUAUAGGUUGGAGUAAGGCUAUACCAAAAUUUGGAUAUAAUACAAAAAAUGAGAUAUCUAAUUAUAAUAUGGAUAAAUAUAAUACAUAUAACAAUGUUAAUGUAAAUAAGAAAGUGAUUAUAAUAAUACCAGGUGAUAAAAGAACAAAACGGAUAAUUGAUUUAUUAGCGAAAUAUGUAACUGAAGAAGGAUAUAGUUUUGAAGAGACCAUAAAAGAAAAGGAGAAGGAUAACCCUAUGUUUCAUUUUCUUUUUGAAUCUUCAGAUUUGUUUUAUUAUUAUAAAUGGAGGGUAUUUUCCUUUGCUCAGGGGGAUAGUUAUAAAAACUGGAGAACAGAUCCGUUCCAUAUAUUUUCUAAUGGUUAUUUAUAUGUACCUCCAACGAUAGAAAAAAAAAAUAAAGGUCUUCUCAUAAAACGAAAAAGGGG